CCAGUCGAGUUUUGGUCAUUUUAUCUUCUUUGAUAUUUUGCAAUAAAAAAUAACAUUGAACAAUUCAAUUUUUUCUACAAUUUAAUAGAAAAUGGAACGUUGCUCCCCCCUAAACGGAAUGGUUCAUACCAUGCGCGCUUUAACCCUCGAUUUUUAGUGGUAUUGAUAGUGAGGACAGUUCUAUAGAUAUUUCUGGUGUGUUCAAGUAAAGCGAAACAGAUUUAAUCAUGUUAUAAAUUAUUUCAUAAAGUAAUUAUUUUAGGUCAAAUGUGCGUUGGAUUUACCGAUGACAUGCAUUGAAAUCAAAUCUUUUGCCAAAACCGGACUCUGGAUAAGGGUAAAAAGGGGCUUCUGCUGAUUAAGGAGCUGGCAAUGGUACAAAAAGGUUACUGAAACAGAAGACGAAGUUGGUCAGCACACAACAGACUGAAACCUCUGGACUCUGCUGGAAAAUUUAGUGUUAUCCGUUGGUCCUUCCACCUUUGAGAUGCCCUCCCUUCCCAAUGAUGGAGAAGAUCAAGGGACGUCCCCUAUGAAGCCACCUCCCAUGCUGUCGUAUCAGAAUGUUGGGAAGAGGAAAGGACGCACAAAGAAGAAGAAGGGAAUCAUCACGGCCAACAUAGCUGGGACCAAGUAUGAAAUUGUGCGCAUCGUAAUCGGCGAGAUGGCUUUCCUGAAAACGAAAGACGAAGACGAGACGGCCAAUCUCAUCUGGAACGACUCUGCCGUGCAGCACGAGAAGAUUGCUGAGCUCAGGAACUAUCAGAGAAUUAACCAUUUCCCCGGGAUGGGAGAAAUUUGUCGGAAAGACUGCCUGGCAAGAAACAUGGCCAAAAUGAUAAAGAGCCAGCCUCAGGAAUAUAGCUUCAUCCCUAAGACCUGGAUCUUUCCUGCCGAGUAUACCCAGUUUCAAAACUAUGUUAAGGAGCUACGGAGGAAACGCAAGCAGAAGACCUUCAUCGUGAAGCCAGCGAAUGGCGCCAUGGGUCAUGGGAUCUCUCUGAUAAGAAACUGUGAGAAACUUCCAGCUCAAGAGCACUUCAUCGUCCAGGAGUACCUUGACAAGCCUUUUUUAAUGGAGGGCUACAAGUUUGACCUGAGAAUCUACAUCCUGGUCACAUCCUGCGAUCCGCUCCGCGUCUUCCUGUACAACGAUGGCCUGGUGCGGAUGGGCACAGAGAAGUACCACACGCCCAACGAGUCCAACCUGAAUCAGCUGUAUAUGCACCUGACAAAUUACUCCGUGAACAAACACAACGAAAACUUCGAACGAGACGAGACUGUAGACAAAGGGAGCAAGAGGUCCAUCGGAUGGUUCACAGAGUUUCUCCGCACCAACGAUUAUGAUGUGGCCAAAUUCUGGGGAGAUGUUUCUGAGCUGGUCGUGAAGACACUGAUUGUGGCCGAGCCUCACGUCCUCCACGCCUAUCGAAUGUGUCGCCCGGGUCAGCCACCAGGGAGCGACAGCGUCUGCUUUGAAGUGCUGGGAUUCGACAUCAUUCUUGACCGCAAGCUUAAGCCCUGGCUUCUAGAGAUAAAUCGUGCGCCGAGUUUUGGGACAGAUCAGAAGAUUGAUUACGACGUGAAGAAAGGGGUCUUGCUUAAUGCACUGAAGUUGCUGAACAUCAGAGGAAGCGACCGGAAGCGCAACCUGGCUCAGCAGAAGGCGGAGGCCCAGCGGCGGCUGUAUGGACAGGGCUCCACGAAGAAGCUCUCGGCGGCCUCGUCCGAGUGGGAGCGCCAGCGCCACACCCUGGAGAGGAGGCGGGAGGAGCUGAAAGAAAGACUCGCCCAGGUCCGCAAGCAGAUCUCCCGGGAGGAACACGAAAACCGGCAUCUGGGGAACUACAGACGCAUUUACCCCCCAGAUGACAAGCUGCUCCUGGAGAAGUAUGAAAGCCUCCUCUCCACGGCCUUUCAAACCUUCCUCGCCGGGCGAGCAGCUUCACUUCAGAAAGAAAUGAAUAAUCCUCUGAAACGAAUGAAGGAGGAAGAUAUCUUGGAUCUUCUAGAGCAGUGUGAGCUGGACGAUGAGAAACUCAUGGGAAGAUCAUCCAGGCAGAGGGGGCCUAAGCCCCUGUCCUCCAUGCCCGAGAGCACCCCGGGGCCGAGGAGGCAGAGAGAGGGCAGCACCAGUAGCAGCUGCAGCGACAGCGGCUCGUCGGAGUCCGACGAGGGAGACGGGGGCGAUCUCCUGGACAAGAGAGACAAGGGGGUUUCCCACCACCAGCGGGAGAACAAGUGCGGCUCCCCAGAGCGUUCCAGCAGGGUGCACUGGAAACCUCCCGUCAAGCCGGCCAAAGCCACGCCUUCAGUGUCACCCGCCCUGUCUGGACCAAUCCGCCGCUCCAUCUCCUGCCCGCGCUCCAUCUCCUCGUUGACGGUGCAGUCACCUACGAACGAGCCACGCACGUUCGCGCCGAAGCCCUCUACGCCCACCCUGCGGCCGAAAUCGGCGUCGCGCUCGCAUUCACUCAGCCGGAGCGGAUCUGCCGGGCGGGUGCCCCACAGCAACAGCCUGGGGAUCAUCCACACCAACAUGACCAGCGGAGAGUCCCUGGUUAACCUAAGAACGAAGGAACAGGAGGCAGAAUUGACACGGCAGACCCUGGCCGCUCUGAACGAGAUGAGGAUCCGCUUUGCGGGAAAGAGCGAGGAGGAGGCAGAGAUGCUGCUGAACGAAAUAUUGGAUAACUGGAAAUACCAUAAACCAAAAGUGGCCUCUUACUGGUUGGUGAAAUUAGACUCAACCAAACAAAGAAAGGUUUUGGACAUCGUUCGCACCAACGUACGCUCCAUGCUGCAGCGGAUCUGGAGGGAGCCUGACGUGGACAGUUUGCAUCUAUACCGCAUUUUCAGUCGUGUCUUUAAUCGUCUGCUCUGGAGCCACGGCCAGGGGCUGUGGAACUGCUUCUCCAACUCCGGCAGGUCGUCUUGGGAGACCGUCUUCAGCAAGAGCAGCGAGGUGCUGUCGCCGCAGGAGCUGCAGUGCUGCCAGAGGCUGGUGCAGCUCUGUCGGGACUGCCUGCUCGUGGUUUACAAGUUUGUGGCCGACUCCCGGGGAUCGCUGACUGGCCUCAGUCCGGAGUGGGACGACACCAGGUACCUGCUGCCAGUGACCUCUCAGUUCGUCAUGAAGUGGCCUUCCUCCAGCUUUGGCCGCGUCCCCUCGGCCAUGCCGCGCUCUCGCAGCCUGCUCGCCCCCCGGCUGGGCCACUUUUGAGGGAGCCGCCCAGGGCGCGACGCCACCAGCCUCUGCCGCUUCCAGAACCCCCCGCCGCCCCCCCUCCCCCCACCGACCCUCGACGAGCAGGUGAGGGGGAUCACCGGGAGCAGAGCUAGAGCGCGAGGACAUCCUGAAGUGGACAUCCGCAGCCCUGCUUUGAGUUUCACGCGAGUUUCAGAACUUUCACCGACCUGUUGUCCUUGCUAUAAGGUGUCCGUUUGCUGCAAAGUCAAGUCGCAGUACUGUUAAAAGAAAAAAAGAUUAAUUUAUUUUCAGAUGUAAAUACUUCAUGAAACACAAUGCUUCAGUGACAAAUAGAUGGUAUGAGAUUACAAGUAAUUCCUUGUUUGAGAAUCUACAUGUAAAAUGCUUGUUUUAGCAAAACAAUUUUGGUGCUGUUUUUUUUUUUUUUUUACUUUUUAAAGAAGUUGUAACUCCUGUAGAUCUCGUCAUAUAAUUAUAUUUACGCUUUUAGGUUACGUGAGAUUGAACUUCAUGCUGUGCUGGGGAGCGAUCCAAAGCGUAAGAUCGAGGCGACUUCAGACAGCCUAAAUUGACUGUCUCAGCCUCCAUUAAAUCUGCUGAACAUUCAAAACCAGCUCAAAAGUCUUGCCUAAGUGAUUCAGUUUGCAGAGUCCGAAGAGAAUGUUUGCCCUGCUGUCAAUUGGCAAUGUCAAUUUCUACAAAAGGAAAGGGAAAAAAGAAAAGGUUUGCUGAUCACACAGGUUAGCUGAGCAUGUACUUCCAUGUUGAAGUAAUCUUAAAGAAUGUCACAUUAAAUAUGCACCAUGUGGCACAUUGAAGGUGAGACCUUCUGUGCUGCAGCUACAUUGCAUUCUGUCUCCUGCAUGCGUGGAUACUGUCGCCAAUUUCACCUGCAUCUAUUGUCACUGGAAACGAGUGACUGCUUAUGGAAAAUACUUGAAUUGUCAAAUUCUUUUGAUUUUAAUUGCAUUAAUUACAUUUAUUUCAACCCAUGUCUUUUUUAAAGGUAAUAUUUUAAAUUUCCAUUUUAAUGUGUAUAAAGCUUAUGUCUUAAGCUAAGUAUAUUGAAGAGGCGUGCCGAGUGGUAAUUGAAGUUUGAAUUGAGCUGCUUUUGCCAUAUUGUGUUUCAGCAGCUGUUCUGUUUUCUUUCCUCUUGUCAUAAGUGCCAGUUCAGACAGUAUUAAGCACAACCCACGUUAAUUAAGCAAGGAGAACAUUUUACAAGCUGAAUCCUCAGUUAUUAAAACAGCUGAAAUUGUGCAUAAAAUACUUAAGUUAUAUGAUGCUUACGGUUUUUUUCCUGUUUUUAUUUAUUUUAUUUAUUAUUUUUCAUUUUGAUGCAUAAGAAGCAAACUGCAAGGUAAUAUAGGAUUUGUAAGAGGUCUACUUGGGGAUAUUAUUACAAUAUGCUAAACUGUAUUCCCAAAACAUGUCAAUUUGCAAUGCCAAAUACUUUGCCUGUGUGUCCAAUGUGAGUACUACAUUUCUUUCCAAAUAAGAAUUUGAGUUAAUAAGAAAAUGCAGUUAAGCAAUAAAAUGCUUUAAAAAGA